GCGCGGGAGGCAGCGGGGUCGCCGCGGAGCUGUCAGGGCGGAGCCAUGGCCGCCGCCGCUCCGAACCACGAGGGGCCGGGAGACGGGCGCCGGAGCAGAGAGGGCGGACAGGGCAAGUGGCAGAGGACCCCCGGGGACCGGCCCUGCUACGCUCGGCAGCGGGCGGGUUGGGUCCCACCCGGCUGCGUGCAGCCCUGGAAGGAGGACGCGGUUCACGGCCGGGCGGCUGCCGGGAUGUCAUAUGGAAGAAUCGCACCUGGGACGUGGUCCAGUAGCGCCGCGGCCCGUCCCUCGACGAUGAAAGACGAGGGCUCCUCCGAAAGCAGCUCUUCCGAAUCGGAGGAGAUGGGCUCGGGACCAAAACGAAAGUGGAAGAGAUGUUUUUACGCUGGGGCCAACCGAGGGGCUGCCCCGAGCUCUCAGAUCCUCCCCCGUCAGAGAGGGAGGAAAGUCAAUACUAUCUGGUCCAGAGUGCUUGAGGAACAGAACCAGGACGCCUUAACCACUGAGCUCUUCCUGAUGGACGUGGAGGAUGAUGUCGAUCGCGGCAGAGAAUCGGAAACCUACAAUUAUCUGCAAGCCAGAAGGCUCAGGUGGCUCCAGGAAAAAGAGAAGUUAGACGAAGAACUGGACGAAUACAUGCGGAGAGCCGAUCGAAUGGAAAAGGAAGAGGGGGGAAGUGGACAGAGCCGUCAGGUACCCAGGCGGCCCGUCAGAGAGAGGCUGGGGCCCAGGGAAGAAUACAGUAGAUGGCGUGCUGUUGCUGGAGAGAAAUCGGAGGAGGAGGCUGCAGAAGAAAUAUUCUCCAGGCCGGGAGGAGGUGAGGACAACAUGGAGGAGUUUAUCUGAAAAGCACCCCUAGCACGAGUGACGAAUGAACGGAAGUAAAAGUUCCUUGUGACGCUACGACGGAA